AUGGCAGGAAACAAUCAACUCGCUCCAAAGACGUUGGGAGAUUACAUGACCCCAACUCGAGUUCCACAGACGGCAAGCAUUGUUAGACCUAACUUAGAGGCUAACGACUUUGAACUGAAGCUGGCACUGCUGCAACUGAUUCAAAAAGAACAGUUCACUGGAGGAAGCACAGAGAACCCCUAUAGUCAUCUGGAUAACUUCUUACUUUACUGUGAUACAUUGAAAGUAAAUGGAGUUCCUCGUGAGGCUAUCUUGCUCAGGCUAUUUCCAUGCUCACUGAAGGAUGAAGGAAGAGAUUGGCUGCAAUUUUUCUCAGCUUCAAAAAUGGCAAGACUCAAAGCGGAGAUCACAGCUUUUGAACAAAAAGAAAGCGAAUCUUUGUACGAGGCCUGGGAACGAUUCAAAGGAUCACUUAGGAAGUGUCCUCAACAUGGAAUUGAAGCAUGGGAGAAGGCAAGAAUCUUUUUCCAAAGGAUGACAUCCAGCACAAGAACACUGGUGAAUGCUGCUGCAGGAGGAUCACUGAAAACAAAAACUCCAGAGGAAGCGCUAGAGUUGUUGGAAUCUUUAGCGUCUCAAGAAUUUGACAAUGCCCCUGCUCCAGUUGCACCAAGAAGAGCAAGAAUUAUGGAGCUCAAAGAGGCUCAUGCAAUUGAAGAUUGUGACUACAUGAGAACAACUGAAAAGCCACCAGCAGAGGUCAAUGGACUCUGGUAUGAUCAGAAGAAUCAGAAUCAACAUCCAGGGUUGAGUCACAAAUCCAAUCAUCAGCUCAAUCCUCCCCUUCCAGUGCAACCAGAUACCCCACAACAAAGUAACACUUCUGAGUGGGAGAAAACUUUUGCACAGUUAUGCAAGACCACUUCUGAUUAUGUUCAAGGUGCAAAUGCUUUCAGAGAGGACACAUCUGCUUUCAUGCAAGAGACUAGAGCAGCACACCGGAAUCAAGAAGCUUCCAUAAGAAAUCUGAAAAUUCAGAUUGGCCAGUUAUCAAAGCAAUUUUCUGAGAGAGCUCAGGGUACUUUCCCAAGCAACACAGUUGUCAAUCCAAGGGAGCAUUGCAAUGCUAUCACCACUAGGAGUGCCGAAAAGAAACUAUUCAAGUGGGAGAAGAAGAAAGCUCUAGAAAGACAGAACAAGCCAUUAGAUCUCUUCCCAUAUGCUCGAAUCCCUUAUCCUCAGAGAUUAAAGAAAGAGAUUCAGAAGCAGCAGUGUUCAAAGUUUCUAGACAUAUUCAAAAG